UUCAAUGUGAGAGUAUAUUUAAAAACAAAGAACUUUUAAAGCGGUGUAUUGGUAAAAAAUGUCUUCGAGAAGGUUUCCAGACGAGGACAAGUAGAUCCACCAAAUCAAGGUAUGAAGCUGUGUGUGUUUCGAAAAAUUGUUCUUGGUUACUAAGAGCAAAAGCAAUUAAAAAUACUGAUGGACUUUUCCAAGUGAAUAAAUUUGUUGAUGUACACACAUGUUCUUCAACAUUGUUGCAACCUAAUCAUCGACAAGCAAACAAAUAUGUUUUGGGUGAAUAUGUUGCUGAUGUUUUGGCUGAAGACUAUAGUAGAGUUUAUCGGGGAAAAGAAAUUGUUAAUGAUAUGAAUGCUCAAUUGAAUAUCAAUAUCUCAUACCAUCAGGCAUGGCGUGCGAAACAAUAUGCAUUGUUGUCGUUAAGGGGUACGAAAGAGGAUUCUUUUACCAAACUUCCGGCGUAUUGUCACAACUUGGCCAAACAUAAUCCGGGUACUGUCACACAUAUUAAAACAGAUGCUGAUGAUCGGUUUGAGUUUUUGUACGUCGCACUCGGUUGCUCGGUACGAGCUUUUGUCAAUUUUUGUAAGCCGACCCUAGUAGUAGAUGGAGCUCACCUAAAGGGCGAGUUCAAAGGUACCAUGCUACUUGCAGUUACUAAGGACGGACAAAAUCAAAUAUUACCGGUUGCAUAUGGUAUAUGCAAAAAUGAGUGUACUGAUUCUUGGACAUGGUUUUUUCAAAAACUACGUGAUUGCAUAGGAAAUAUGCAGGAGCUUACAAUUAUAUCUGAUAGGUCUCCAUCUAUAGCAACAUCCGUUGCCAACAUUUUUCCUCACGCUCAUCAUGGAAUAUGUGGUGUCCAUUUGUAUUUCAACAUAGUAUCUAGAUUCGGCAAGAGUAAGACGGUUAAAGGAAUUUUUUGGGAGGCAUGUAGGGCGUACACAGUUGAUGCUUUUGAUGCUGCCAUGGAUGUUAUGAAAAAGACAAAAGAACCAGUAUGGGAGUACUUAAAAAGUAUAAAUCCAGAAACCUGGUCAAGGGCACAUUUUAAAGGGAACCGAUACAAUCUUAUGUCGUCCAACAGUGCGGAGUCUAUAAAUGCAUUAUCUAGACACGCACGUAAGGUGCCAAUACUUAUGUUGAUUGAUUUUUUUCGUGCUACAAUGCAACAAUGGUGGUUUCAAAGACGUAACUUUGCAGCGGAAGCAACAACAACACUUACCCCUUGGGCGGAUGAAGUUGUAAAAGAAAACAAGAAAAAUUUUACCAAAUGGGAUGUUCGCAUGAUCUCAAAUACGAAAUGCGAGGUCAAAAAGGGGGCACAAAAUGUGAUUGUUGAUUUUCAACAUAUGACAUGUACAUGUAGGCAUUGGCAACUUGAUGGGAUACCUUGUGGUCAUGUCAUAAGAUGUUUAACAGUGAACAAUUACCAAGACUGCUCGAGGUUUGCAUUAAAUGCUUACUUUACCGAAACACUGAGGAAAACAUAUGAGGAAUCAAUAAACCCUCUGCCGAAGCCAUCCGAAUGGGAGAUCCCCGAUGAUUUGAUGAUUGUUAAGCCACCUAUAAUGGAUAAACGUCAGCCAGGCAGGCCAAGAAACACAGACCGCAUUCCAUCCCAAGGCGAGGGUCCAAUUAUAAAAGAGUGUUCUACAUGUGGUCACCUAGGACACACGAGAAAUAAUUGUACUGGAAGGGCGUCUGGUAGCAGAGCAGGUCACAUAAUUUCUCCUGCAGAAAUGGCAUAUAAUAUUGGUGGUUCAGCGGGUUGCUCACAAACCCAUAACGCUGAUUUUGAUAUAAAACAACCUUGAAAUUAAGAGUAAUGACGAGUUGUUAGCUUAUUAUGUAUUGUAAUAUUUUUAUUAACUCUUACAAGACAUUGCUAUGCUUUCAUAUUUUAGUUAAGUUUGUUGAUUAUAAC